CAAAACCCAAAAGAAGAAGGCCCAUUUCCAAACAUGCUUCCUUCCCUCUUGGCAGGAGAGAGAGAGAGAGAGAGAGAGAGAGAGAGAGAGAGAGAGAGAUGUCAAGAAUACGAAGACUGUUCCAAGCAUCAAUGGAUGCUACUAAGAAAGCUAUAUCUGGUAGUUUUGAUGAUUUGAUGCCACCACCUGAAAAAUACAUAUUCAACUUCAAUUCCAAGCAAGAAUUAUCAAAAUGGCAUUUGUAUUCUGAUUCUGAAUUUGGAGGUUUGUCAUCUGCAUCAUUGCAGAUACCUGAAUCUGAAAAUGGUAAAACUACUGGAAUUUUCUCUGGGAAUCUUUCUUUUGAGGUUACUCAAGGUGCUAAAUGGAAUAUUAGUAGAGGUGGAUUUUGUGGAAUGCGAUCCAAAAAGUUUGAUGGCUUCAUCGACUUGGAUUCAUAUGAUACUAUAGCUAUGAAACUUAAAGGAGAUGGAAGAAGUUAUAUAUCUACUAUCUACACGGAGAAUUGGGUUAACUCACCUGGACAGAUGGAGGAUAACUCAUGGCAAUCAUUUGUUUAUGUGCCCAAAGAUAACUGGUAUAUUGCAAAGAUUCCUUUAGCUCGAUAUGUACCUACUUGGAGAGGGAACGUUAUAGAUGCAGAAAUUGAAAUGAAUCCAUCACGUGUUCUUGGCAUGUCUUUUUCUGUCAAUGCCGAGGGUGGUGUCCCAGGUGCUAGAUCUGGACCAGGUGAUUUCAGACUUGAACUCGAAUGGAUCAAAGCCAUCAGAAGUGAGAACCCAAUGAUGUAGUAUAGGUUUUGUUGCAGAUAGAAGUCAAGAUUUUGCUCUUCUUUUAGGGUGAUUAAUUCUGAACAUGUUUUGUAAUAAUGAUGAUGUAUCUAUUUGUGUGUGAUUCAUAAAGGAAAAAUAUGUUGGUAGUUAUUCCAUUGUCAAUGCUCUUCUAACAAUGGCUUUCAUAUUCAAUUAAAAGCACUUCUGCAGAAAACAUAAUUCA